AUGCUGGCUUUUAGGCAACAGUCACCCCCAUUGCCAGUUCAUGCGCCUGCGGCCAGCGACACCAUGUCACUCGCCAUACUGCCAUCAGCAGCACCGAUGGCUUGUGGUCAACUGCCUGUGCCAGCGCUACUUCCACCUUCGCCAGCGCCGUCGAAGAGACCUAGGCUAUCUCUGAACACCACUAGCAUCCCGUCGACUCUUUAUGGGAAAGGAUCUACGAGUCUGCGGUUGGAGACACUGUCAGCAACAUCGCCUACCAUACGGAACACUUUCAGCAAUGCGCACGAUCGAUUGAACGCGCAGUCGAGGCCACUAGCACGAUCAUCAAAGCCAGCACUAGCUCCUCUUGCAACGGGCUCAACAACAUCAAGUCAACAAUCACCUGAAAGCACAACUCAAAACUCGGCAUCAACAAUCUCAUCGACGUCAAGCAGUUCUGCCGUCAGUACCGGGGAGAUAUUCGCAGCACCAGAACGGAUACCGUACAAAGUAUCGUACAACGUGACAUCGAUCCUCAGCAACAGCCCGCUACCUCGAAGGAGAACACGUAGGAUGUCUCUCACACAAUCGAAGCCAAUGUUUCCUGCAACGAAGCAAGUCUCGUUCCGAACGCCGUUGACAGAGGACAUCAAGACCUCGACAUACACUAUGAAGCACUCAGACAUUGAGUCGUCAACAUCGACGAUAUCAACGCUAGAACUCUCGCCGACGAAGAAGACGGCCACCUCGAAUGAAACUACUGACACAUCGGACGACGAUGCCGAAAAGAAGGACGAAUCGAGUGAGUCAAGUUCGUCGCCGCAAACAGGCGACAAACGCCAAUCUUCAGACGAAGAAGACAGCGACACGUGUCCUGCGACCCCUGUCGCUGGCCGCAAGAAGCGUCACCGUCAGUGGGUAUGGACGCUUGGCCCUGUCGCCACAUCGAAGGACCAGGACUCUGCAGAGGUCACGAUCCGGAAUGACGAGAAGCUUGAUGAAAGCUCUUGA